AUGGCCUCCGCCGAGUCUUGCGACAAGGCUGCCAUCACCUCUACUCGCAAACCCCUCAACUUCCUCGAUCUUCCACCCGAAACCAAGAAGGAUAUCAUCAGCCAUUGCUGCCAAAGCGACCUCAUCUGCCUUGCCCUCGUCUCUAAACAGUUCCGUGAACUUGCUGCCGCCCAACUCUAUCGAAAUUUCCACAUAGUCUUCCCUGACGAAGAUGACCCCUCCUUCGAUUCCCCCAUCGACAGUUUGGCUGGCGGCCUCGAAACCUUCGUGUCGAGCGACUACGACUAUGCCCAGCACCUUCGAGAUAUAUCGCUAGACACUCUGAGUGCUGGCGACAAGGCUGAGGCCGCUUAUAAGCCAUAUCUAUAUAGCGCCAGCUGCGGCAAGUUCAUGAACACCCUGCUGCUCCUGACCCUCAAGAAUGCCAAGUCGCUCGAGACUUUCAGGUGGAACAUUCGAGUCGAGCUUAGCCGCCCCGUCUACCGGGCAUUGCACCGCAUAGCGCCGCUUAAGAAUCUUCACGUUCGUAUGCAAGCCGGGCCCUCGCUUUUCGAGGUCCCUCCUCCACUUCCCUAUACUUCGAGCUUGCCGCCUACGACCACCCAAGGACACUGGGACCCCCUGCCAGUCUUCUCUUCCAUUCCUCCUCCUUUCCCAAGCAUGCCUCUAUCCGUUCCACCCCCGUACAACCCUUCGCUUGGUCCUCCACCUCCCUUGCCACCAGCCUUGAAACCCGUGCCUAGAAGUAAGCGCAAGACUCCAGCUGCCAAUGAACCCCCGACUCUCUCGGGCUUCCGAAAGCUGAGCACGCUAGCCGUCCUUGAAAUCGACAACUUGGAUGUCGUAAACGAGAUCAAGUCUUGUGUGCGCAAUUCCGCCCCCACACUCACUAAGCUAAAGCUCUCGUUCUCCUCGUAUCUUGCUUGCCAAUCCCGGAAGCCACCACCCGAUGCAGACCCAGACGACUCCGAACAGGAAGACGAGUUCCAACCAGUUCCCAUUUCUUCAGCACCUGGUUGGGAUGAUGCGAGUGGGCCUGCGAAGGCGUUCCGCGCCCAAGAGGAACGCAAGAGCCAGGAGUCAGUAUUGGGCAGAAUCUUCGAUGUGGAACCGUUUUUGGCCAAGAAACCUCAACAACGGAAGAGUCUGAAGGGGAAAGAGAAGGCGCUCGUAACAGAGGCUGGGUCACCUGCGGAGGCGUUCAUGAAACGGCUUCGGGAAGUGUCUACCAAACUGAUGGCCAGCGGGCAUGAUGCCGACGACGGAUCCAAGCGGGAGAUCCUUGAGAUGAUCGAGAAGGCAAGUAGGAAGUACUUGGAAGAGGAGGCAACAAAAACCAGCACAGAAGCGAGCAAAUCAGAAUCUCCUGCCGGUGAGGGCUCUGCCUCUGCCACUGCCCCAGCUGCACCGGUAACACAGGAGACGGGAGCGCAGCCGCCUCCUGAGAACUGUGGUACUGCCGCUGCUGUGGUGGAGAAAACUAAAUCGAAGCCGAAGUUAGGGGCAGAUGCGAACCCGGAAGAUAUUGACAUUGAGGAGCCGAUCGCAGUAGAGGAAGCCGAGGAGCCUGCGGACCUCAAGGCUGAGCCACCCAAGGAUGAAGCCUUAGCGGCUCCCGAUACGACGCCAAAGCAAACACUGGCAAAAGACGACGAAUCCCAGCUACCAGAAAAAAGCCGAGCGUUGUCGACCUUGUCAACACAGAGAGCAAACUUCGAGUCGCUUGUCGCCCGGCUGCAGCAUUUGCUUACUGAGGCCACUCGAGUGCGAGAGAAGUUGGAAACAAUGAGAGACGACACACAUACCGUCGACAGGGAGUAUGUUCGCUUAGCCGAGAACCAGUUACACGGCUUUUAUAGGGACAUUGAGAACGUGCGGGCUGAGCUCAAUGUGACCGAGUCAGAGAUUCGCGAUAUUGAGAAGCAAGUUCACGGCAUUGCCACGACAGCACAUGGUGAAGACGAACGUAUUAGCGAGUACAUUCGAUCAACAAGGGGCCUGGCUCUACGGUCUUUCAGCGUCCAUCUAAUCCCAGUGAAGGCAUCCGUGCUCAAGACAGCCAUUGAUGUCAGGGUCCUCAAGAGGCUCACUUUGCUCAAUGUUGGCAAUCAAGCUCCAAUCUGGGCUAUGUUGGUCAAGGAAAACAAGGUUCAACCGCUCCCACUGCGCAAGAUUUUCACCGACAAUGUUUCUACCACAUUCAUUACGUUUGCCUCUCAAUUGGAAGAGAUCAACGAGUUGUUCAUGUUGGAGAGGUCGGUCAAAUACAAGCCUGAGAGCUUCGCGCCCAAAACGAAUGUCAUCAUGGAUCAGAUCCGACGCCUAGUGCUCAAGAAGCACAUGCCAACCCUCACCAAGCUGAUGAUCAAGAAUGAUACCGGGCCCACCUGGGACGUGGAUGAAAAAGCCAUGCUCUUGAUCUGUAAUCGCGGAAGAAAACUCGAGGAGUUGGCCGCGGCGCUUGGGAUUCGUGCUAUUCACACAUUCAUGCAGCACAUUUCAGGACUGGCGAGCCUCCGUGCCCUGAAUGUUACCCAAUUCAGAAACGACGACACAUGCGUCUGGGUCAUGCGGGAGACCCGUAGAUUCAUCGUCGACAACCUGUGCCACUACCCAGGUCUGAAGCUGGAGUGGAUCUCCAUUGACGAUGAUCGGGUUGAACGUAUCAUCCGUCCGCCGCCUCAAACCCCUGCUGCGAAAAUGGAGGAGAAGAAGAACAAGAAGGGUAAGGCGAAAGUUGGUACUGCACUCGGAGGCUUUGGCGGUUCCAGCACUGAACAAUUCCCACCGCUCCCCAUGCCAGGUUGGGACACAGACAGUGACAGCGAGGAUGAGGAUACGGACAUUGUAGCCAACACGAAGCUUGAGACUGUGGAAGGGGUUCACUUUUAUGACGUUUGGGAUGUACGUAUUUUUAAGAAGGAAGUCAUGGCCGGACGGCUAUAG